CCCACUCCUCACUGCUUGGUUUCGCCGGCUCUGAGCUGUCGCCAUGACGGCGCGCGGGACUCCCAGUCGCUUCUUAGCCAGCGUUCUCCACAACGGGCUGGGUCGCUACGUGCAGCAGCUGCAGCGCCUCAGCCUCAGCCUCAGCCGCGACGCACCCUCGUCCCGCGGCGCCAGGGAGUUUGUGGAACGGGAGGUGGCUGACUUCGCCCGGCGGAACCCAGGGGUCGUAAUAUACGUGAAUCCGCGGCCGUGCUCUGUGCCCAGUGUAGUGGCCGAAUACCUUAACGGGUCUGUGCGCGAGGAGAACAUCUCUAGCAAGUCGGCCGAAGAGAUCGCGAAGCUGGUGCAGAAGCUGGCUGACCAGUCGGGUCUGGACGUGAUUCGCAUCCGCAAGCCCUUCCACACGGACAACCCAAGCAUCCAGGGCCAGUGGCAUCCCUUCACCAACAAACCGACAGUCCCCGGCGGGCUACGCCCCCGAGAGGUCCAGGAUCCUGCCCCAGCCCGGGUGCAAGCGCAGUGAAGAGUUGCACCCCCCCCCACACACACUUCAACCCUUGACUCUGGACGCUUUCCCCCAAUAGAGGUGGUUCUUCCCUCUUUUGGUUUAGGGGAUUCUCAGUAGGCAGACAAAUGGAGCCCACCACUGGGGAAGGUAACACCAAAGCCUUUGCUUGGAGAAAACAAGGGCUGCCUAUUUCUUUUCUGUCCCCAUUGCUAGGAGCACCUUAUUCUGGUGGUAUCCCUGAAACCCGAGAGCCCUCAUUUUCUGAAAUCCAAACUGGUAAUAGUCUCAAAACACUGGUGAGGAGGUCUGAGGCAGGCUUCUGAAGAAUUCCCUGAUGUCCUGUUGCUCAGUGAUGUCCACUGAGCCAGAGAGGUCACACCUUACUCUCUGCUGUUAGCCUGGCAUUUGGCUAGGUGCUUUAUAUCUGUUUGAAGUCUGCGUACGGAUUAGAAAACCUAUGAUAAUAAAUUUACUGAAAGUCACA